AUGGCCGGUUGUCAACCCGAUAUCCGGUGCGAGGACCACAGCUCCCAGCCUAGCUCCUCAGGAUGCUCCCUGGAGGUGAUACUGGAUGAAGAAACCCCGGGACCAACAGAUUCCAGCCUGUCCCCUCAGUCCCUUGUCCGGAAGGGGAAGAGGGCGUGGUCAGUAGAGGAAGAGGGGACCGCCCCUGAGGCUGAGGACGUCUGGGCCGUGGAGACGCUGUGUGGCCUCAAGAUGAAGUUGAAGAGGCGGCGGGUGUCUGCAGUGCUCCCUGAGCACCACGAGGUCUUCAGCAGGCUGCUCGAGGAUCCUGUCAUUAAAAGGUUCCUGGCCUGGGACAAAAAUCUGAAGGUAUCUGACAAGUACCUCCUGUCUAUGGUCAUAGCUUACUUUAGCCGUGCGGGCCUCUUCUCCUGGCAGUACCAGCGAAUUCAUUUCUUCCUGGCCCUCUACCUGGCCAGCGAUAUGGAAGAGGACAACCAGGCCCCCAAACAGGCUAUCUUUUCCUUCCUCUUUGGGAAGAACCGUUCUCAGCGUCCCUUGUUCCACAAACUGCGAUUCCAGUUCGUCCGUUCCAUGGGUUGGAAGACGAGGGUCUCCCAGGAAGAGUGCGAAGAGAUCCAGGCUUUUCAUCCAGAGCUCUGGGUGUGGGCACGAGAUCGCGCCUUCAUUCCCAAGAGUACGGAGGCCUGAGGUCACUGGCCUGAGGAAGG